UUUUUUUUUAUUAUAGUUUCCUCUCUCUCUUCUUUUACAUUGUCGUUUACCCAUGGUCCGUCAUCAGGCCAUUUCAAAAGGUGGCUUAAGACCUUUACUCAAAUGGACUCGUUUCAUUAUCUAUCUCCUUUUACUUUUUUUACUCUAUCAUACCUUUGUCUCAUUUAAUGUUUCUUCUUCUUCUUCAAGUCAAUCACCGGAUACCCACACCAUUACCAAUCGUACCCAUCUUGAUAAUCAAUCUCCAUCUUCAUUUACUCCUCUCUAUCGCGAUUUUCCUUGGUACAAAGAACCUCACCCUCGAGUAACUAUGAUUGGGAAUGCUAGUACAACACAUCUCACUACUACUGAACGAAUCAACUUGCAACAAUCCCUAGUGGAUCAAGCAAAACUACAAGCCAAACUAGCUUUUCAAAAAGUGCCUUUCCAUCAACCUGGUGGUAUACCUGGAUCAAGUUUGAAAACUUCUACUACUGUGAAUGACUUACGAGCUAAGAUUGAUUGUUGGACUAAAGGACAAUGGAUACCGUCCACUAGUGAUCAACUUAUUCAUCAUGUUCAGGACCCUUUAUAUGCCACAUGUGACAAACGUUUUUAUAAGACUCAUUCUCCCCUUGAAUUUCGACCAGAAACUCAGUACCAAUGGCAACCUUUAGGUGACAAAUCGAUGUGUUCUCAAACUGUGCUACCAAGAGCCACUCCUUCACAAUGGUGUCAAGUUUUGAAUGGUCGACAUAUCUUACUGGUGGGUGACCUUGUACAAUAUCAACUUCAUGAAAUCUUUUUAGAUUCUUUAAGGGAUGGACCUACUGUUUGUUUUGGUGAAUUGAAUUGCAAAGAUCAUACUAUAUGCUCCGAGGCGGAUACACGAUUACGAUACCUUCGAAAUGAUAUUUUAGCAGAUAAUCGACGGCAUAACAACAAUGAUGGCGCUCCAUCUGGCUCAGUGAUCACAUGGCCUUUUGUGGCAAGCAAUAUCUUGAAAGCUUACCCUAUUCUUAUCUUGAAUCGAUCACCUGUUGUUGAAGAUGAUGAAACAUUUAUCACAAGCCUCAUACAAACAAUGACUACUAUUCGACGAAUGACACCGGAUGCUUUAAUUAUCUAUCGCUCAUCUGCCAUCGGGCAUCCUUACUGUGAUGAUGCUAGUGCACCCUUGACUAAACCCUUGACGGAUGAUGAAAAGAAACGACUACCAUUUGGAUGGGCAGAAUUGGAUCGAAGAAAUGCGAUAGCGCGAACGAUUGUAGAAGAAGCUGGUGGUGUGUAUGUUGACCUGGCUGCUUUGGUAGAAUCUAGACCGGAUGGACAUGUGGGUGGACGUGAUUGUUUACGUUAUUGUAUCCCUGGACCCUUGGAUGCUUGGAUGGAUAUUUUAUAUCAAGUAUUUGCCGCUCUUGGUUGAAGGAUAUCUUUUAUUAUAUUGUUAUUAUUAUUGUUAUUAUUAUUAUUACUAUUACUAUCAUUACUAUCAUUACUAUUAUUAUUAUUCUUAUUCUUUGGUUUUCCUCCUACUGGUACGCAUAUUCACAUACAUAUACUUCUACACUCAUACAUCUGUAUAUAUUGCAAAUUUUCUUCUCCGUUUGUUUGAUUCUUGUUCUCUACUCUCUCUUCUUUUACCUCUUUCAUCUUCGUUUUAUUAUUUGAUGUUAUCUAUUGUACUAUGUUAAAAAAUAAAAUAAAAUAAAAAAGAGUAUCAUCA